AUGCCCCGUCCAAAUAAACAGCUGCAUGUGUCUAAGCCGGAUCCAGGAGAGAAGCUGGAGCGAGGUUAUUUAGUGCUUAGGCGGGGCGUGCUGGCGGAUUUGUUUGCCAUUUCGGGAUUAGGGUGUUGCGCAUCCCACCAGCGGUUGCGGGAGAGUCCGCCUCCCCUCGCUUAUCCCGAAAUAGUCACACUGGAUUGGUCGCCCGCGGCAUUCCCCCCUGUUAAACGGGGGCGUUCGAAAUUCGGAUUUCUGCGGCUAGAGCAAGAGCUGAGAGCAUUCGCAUUCGUUCGUCGCCCUAGUCGAACGGCAGCGAAAAUACAUAUC